AUGUCACCCGAACCUAUGCCACAUAACGAGUUCCAGGACGAACGCGCCGCGAACCUAGCGCAAGCGGAUGCGGCGCAUCGCGAAGCAUACGAUUUCUGGGGUUACCUUUUCAAGGAAGAUAAAUGCGGGACCCCGUUGCUGGAUCGCCUGUUGAAGGGCAUCGCCUACGUCAUUAGCCAGAAGUUCGGAUCAAGCGACUCGCCUGAUCUUACGCCGUCGCAAAUCGCAGCCUGGUAUCGCAGUGUUGGGGGCGACUACGACGUACUAUUCACAGACACACCGCCUUCAUCCGUCGCGUUCAUAUAUCGGUCACUCGGCGCAUUCCACAGCUUGCAACCAGCACCAGACGACGACGGCUACUCGAGUCCUACCAUACCUGCGCUGAAGAAGGACGGCUUUGUGACAUGGCAGACGAUACAGUUGCUGCUAGGGCCAGAAGAGCAUGUGCCUUUCCUACAGAAGGCGGUGGACCUGGAUGACAUACCCGAUCUGGAAACCGGGGGCACAUUCCCUAAAAUCCUACCCAAGGAGUGCUUCCCAGAGAAACCCGAUGAUGCGAUGGAGACGUGGUAUCAGAGCGUUGCCGCCAGGCUUAAGAAGGAGGCGGAAGAGGAGCUAAAUGGGGGCAGUGCAGCUGAAGAGCCAAAACCGCGCACUUCGACGGACAGCGAGGGAAAUUCAGCAGAUGACAAGUCCGGCGCGUACCGCUACUUUGAAGACCCGCUCUAUCGGAAUGGAAGACCUCGGCCGACCUUCAUGCGCCAUGUCUCGAAGCAAUCUCCAAGGCCCGCAGAGGACCAUGGAAGGCCGGGGGCUAUUAUCUCGAGGGUGAGACACAUGCUGAAUCCUCUGAGUACUAGAAUCGCCGGAAAGAGGAUUAUCCCAGACCGCACCGGGUACGGAAGCGACGGGUACUCAGAUGAAGAUGCCACACCCAUUGCACCUGUUCCUCAACCAGGUCCCCGAUAUUCCGCCCACAAGCGUCCACACCCACCGCGACGCGAAUCCUCGUUAUCAACAACAGACUCCGACUCAGAUCCAGAUCGCCCGUCUCCUCGGCGACAAAAUCCUGUACUGCGUACCCAUCGAUCUCACGAGCCGCCCAUAUCGCAGCCGGGCUAUUUUCCCGCCUACAAUGAGGCGCGCCGUUACUCAAAUCAACACGACCCAGUCCGAAUGUACGAAGGAACUUCAACAGCAACAUCCCCCCAACACGUAUAUGUACCAACUCAAUCCCCACUCUUCGCGACCCAAGUCGCGCAAGCCCAGCGAGAAGCACAGAAACAGCAAUACUACCUCUCACGACCCGUCAUGCCGCCACGCACGAGUUAUAGACCCGUCCCAUCCAGCAGCGUGCGGUGGGGUCCCCAAACCGUACAUCCUGUAAGUCCACCUCGAGACGCUGAACCACCCUACAUUCGUGAGCGCGAACGAGAGCGCGAUCGCGACAGAGAGAGACACCAUCGCGACCGCGACCCAUACGCAAUGGGAAGCGGUAGUAGCCGCUCCCACCGCCGCCACUCGGAAGACGUUGAAUACCCGCGCGAGCGUGCCCGCGAUUCAGCCCGCACACGCAGUCACGAUAGAGUCAAAGACGAAUGGGACGAUCGCCAUGAUCGAAGUCGAGAUAGAGAUCGAGACCGCGACCGAGACCGCGACAGGGACAGAGAUAGAGACCGCGACAAGAGAAACUCCAGCUACGAGGACAGAGACAGAGACGACAGUCGCGAAAGAGAUCGAGAUCGAGAUCGGGACAGAGACCGGGUGCGAGAUCCCCGCGUGCAUAGGUAUGUGUCCGGGGUGCAGGACGGUGUGUCUGGCCGGAAAUAUCCUGUCGCUUAA